AUGGACUCAAAAGCUCAAGAAUACUUCAACCACAUCGAACCUGCAGAAGAGCAGGCCGACCACGGCCCCUCUCAGAGCGAAAUCCACACGCUCAAAGCCCUUCUGGCCGGCGACCUCCCAGUGGCCGAAGCGGCUCGAGACCUCGUCAGCAGGACGGCCCGCUCGACGGAUAUCUACAUGAUGAAGAACCGCUUCAGCAAGCUGCAGCAGCUGCUCAUUAACACGGCUGUACACCUCCCCUGGACGCAGUUGUGUAUUGUUGAUCUCCUGCUGGUGAUCCGGAUGCUGGACCCCGCGGAAGUGCAGAGGAGGGCCGUGCCUGAGAUUGUCCCGUUUGGGGAUAUCUUGUCGGGACUCGGGGGCUGGGGGCAUAGGGUCUGUGAUACCAUUGGUAACUACGAGUGUCGCUACCUAGACCAACAAGUCGAGAAUUCAGCAGAAGGACCAUUGGGCGGCUCUGAGUCUGAGGGAAACGCAGCACAACAAUACGCAGCCCUCGUAGAGUUCAGCGCCCGUCUGACAGCGACGCGCGACCCCGUCGUCGGCGACUUGGCCUUCGUCCGCCGUUGUGCCUCCUGCGUCGUCCGGGCCCUCGAUAUCGAUACGGACAACCGCGGCCGCCGGCGGUUCGGGUCCGAGGCCGAUCUCAUGGCGUCGGCUCACUUGUGCACGCUGUGCCCGCGCCGGCUGCUGGGGAGGUGUAAGGCGGGUGAUACGAUUGAGUGGUUUGACGGGGAGGCUGUUAGCAAGGGUGGUGGUGAGGUCUUGUGGGAGGGCGAUGUGGCGAAGCUGUCGGUGGAGCGGUGGGAGCAUUGGAGGGAGAGGUGGCGGGUUUUGAUGGAGAAGGGUGGGUUGAGGGAUGAGGUUGGGAGGGUGGUUGCUGGGGCGCUUGGGGCGAUGGAGGCGGCUGGAUCUCCUUCCUGA